GAGGAGCAACCCCUGAGCAAUGUCACUGGCCGGUGUGAGCUGUCUGGUGACAGGAGCAGGAGGGUUUCUUGGACGGAGGAUUGUCCGCUUACUGCUGGAAGAAGAGGAGUCACUGGCUGAGAUCCGACUGCUGGACAAAGCUUUUAGUACUGAAGCCCUCAAGAGCUUUGAAAAGUUCCAGGGCAAGACAGAGGUGAAAAUCCUGGAAGGAGAUAUCCGAGAUGUGACAUUCCUGCACUGUGCCUGCCAGGGGGUCUCCCUUAUCAUCCACACAGCCUCCAUCAUUGACACCUUGGGUCUCAUAGAGAAGCAGCUGCUCUGGGAAGUCAAUGUCAUAGGUACUCAGCUACUGCUGGAGGCGUGUACCCGUUGUAAUGUCCAGCACUUCAUAUACACCAGUACCAUAGAAGUAACAGGCCCAAACUGCAGAGGUGACCCAGUUUUCAACGGUAAUGAAGAUACAGUUUAUGAGAGUAUAUCAAAAUCUCCUUAUGCCCAAAGUAAGAAACUGGCAGAAGAUUCUGUGCUGAAGGCGGAUGGCCAGGCAUUAAAGGAUGGUGGCAUCCUGCUGACAUGUGCCCUGAGAUCCAUGUACAUUUUUGGAGAAGGAUGCCCAUUUCUUCAGGGUCAUCUGGAUAAGAGUCUACUGAACAAAAAUGUCUACCUACGUUUCUCCAGGAAGGAGGCUUUGGUGAACCCCGUGUACGUGGGAAACAUCGCCUGGGCACAUGUACAGGCAGCCAAAGCCCUGCAGGUCCCGCAGAAAGCCAAGCACAUCAGGGGGCAGUUCUACUACAUCUCUGAUGACACUCCUCAUAUGAGCUACGCUGAUCUAAACUAUGAGCUGACUAAGAACCUGGGAUUUGGAAUUGAACCCCGGCUCCCCAUGCCGCUGACAAUGCUAUAUUACUUCUCACUGCUGCUGGAGACAGUGAGCUUCUUGCUCAGGCCCUUUGUCAAAUACAUCCCGUCUACCAACCGCCACCUGGUUACGCUGCUGAACACCCCAUUCACUUUCUCUUACAGCAAGGCACAGAAGGAUUUUGGCUACAUGCCCCGCUACACAUGGGAAGAGGCCAAGCAGUGCACCAGUCAGUGGAUUGCUGCCAUGGUCCCACAGAGAAGAGAGUACUUGAAAAGCAAGGCUGCCUAGCUCUUGGUUGGAGU